CAAGAAACCGAACUCGUUCAACAAGGAGGUAAUGAGCGAAGCCGUGGAAGGACGACCUAGAUCUCUCGGCGAGGGCCAGGGCAACACCAACGCUACCGUGGCACGACUCGAGCAACGCCUAGAUGAGGUGCUGCGGGCGUCCCAACAAAAGCGGGAUCAUGACGUUCCGACGAGGCGCGAGAACCGCAGGCACGCUGAACACGAGGAACGCACGCCAUCGCCUAGACGCGAUGCGCGAAACACGCAAGAGCGGGGCGAAGGUGCGCAACGCCACGAUGCACGUGAACGACCAUACGAGGAGUUCGAACGCGAGCGAUGGCGUGACGAUCAAGAGUUCGAACAAUGCCACGACCGCGAGCAAGGCACGCACGAAGACGAGGUAAUCGGUGUCGCGAGCGAGAUCAUAGUAAUGGACAAAGAGAGCCAUGACGAGAUGUGUAAAAGGGUCAAGGCGGUUGAAGAGGAAGCGAUGUUCCAACUAGUGGGCCUUGAAAUGAUUUUCGAGGUCAUGGACUGUCCUGAUCGAUAUCAUAUGUUAUGCGCACAAAUCCAGCUGACCGGUGAUGCUAGACUCUGGUGGAAUGCCUAUUGGAGUAUGCGUCCCGGAGAGAAAGAAGGUUGUACAUGGGACCAAUUCAAGAGGUUAAUCCGUGGAAAGUACUAUCCUUCGUACUACCGAGCAGAUAUGGAACGCCAGUUUUUGGCACUCCGACAGGGUACUCGUUCUGUCGACGAGUACGAAAGAGAGUUUACCCGACUCGGAUCCUUUGUACCUGAUCUUGUAAGUACAGAGGAGAAGAGAGCUCUUCGUUUUACCGACAGACUUCUCCCAGCA